CUGAGCACCGUCUGCGCAGUUCUAUUAAUGCAAGGCUCGCACCGCAGCUGAGCCUGUUCUUCUACCGCCACUUUAUCGGUACGAGACGACAGCUGUCCGCACAGCCUCGUUCAAGGAAAAAGCCUCUGCCACGCGUUGUUACGCGUCUGGAACCGAACUCCCGUCCUUCCCGUCUCGCAUCCACCGGAAUCCGUUCAGAAUGAGUUGCAGCACAGGUCGGACUCGGAGUCCACUGUUCGACAUUUACAAAGAUGUAGAUUUCGACCUCUGUCCUGGCCCUGAGGAUUCUGCAAUCUGCGAGCAGCUCGGUCCUCUCACUUCUCUCUCAUACGAACAUCAAAACAUAUUUGGAUCGCCAUGCAAGACCUUCAGAGCUGGCUCUCCUCACAAAUCCUCGGAUCAUCCUUGGAGCUCGCCACGAGCGGAGAAGUUGAGCAGUGUCGACGUUAAUGCUUUCCAGAUAGCACCUCCAGAUUACAUCCGAGUAACAAUGUCUCCAACAAAGAAGAACAUGCCUCCUCCACGAAAGUGCUUGACGCCCGUACGUCGAGCGAAUACAUUAUCAGGUCAUCAGGAGACUAGCCUUGCUGCCAUAUUUCCGCCUCUCCCCGGUCUGGUUGACCAAGAAAACGUCAGACCCACCUCGACCGACGCGAUAUUUAAAUCAAAAUUCGAAAUUGUAAUGGAGAAGAAGCCCAUCGCACAUAAAAGAUCAUUCACUGAUGGCUCUGCCAACCCGCGCAAUGCUAAGAAGCAGAAGGUGCAAGAAGACGAAGGCCCAAUCGAGGUUCCUGAGCCCGAAGACAUGCCCGCCGUCAGUGAUCCCGGUGGCAAGCCAGACUACAGCUAUGCCAAUUUGAUCGGCAUGUCUCUUCUUCGUGCCCCGGGUCGUCGCCUUACGCUCUCUCAGAUCUACAAGUGGAUUUCUGACAACUACAGCUACUAUUCUCCCACCGACUCUGGCUGGCAGAACAGCAUCCGCCACAACCUCAGCCUCAACAAGAACUUCAUCAAGCAGGACCGGCCAAAGGAAGAUCCUGGUAAAGGCCACUAUUGGACUAUCCAGCCAGGCCAGGAGCAUGUUUUCCUCAAAGAAAAGCAGGUGAAACGCCCAGCUAGCAUUUCGCUCCCAAGCAGCAAUGCCCGGCCUUCAACUUCAAGCUCAGCGGUCGCUCCGCCGCCCGCCCCGCUUGCACUUCCGACAAAACACGUCGACGCAAGCAAGUUCCCAACCGAGCAAGAUCUCUCGUCGGACGCCACCAUCCCUUGUUCUGACCCCGCCAUUCACGACGGUCACGACUUCCAUGAUACGAUGCCUCCGCCAUCGCGUGCACUUCAGUCAUCACCGCCUCCUGCAGACAUCCGAUCCUCACCGCCAGCUCCGCCUUCGCGUCACUCAAUCAGAGAUGAAUCGCCGCUCAGACUGCCGCCUCCCCUGUCCAGUCAAGGUCGCGUGGGCACGCAGAAGCGCAAAUGUGGCACACUUGGUGACAGUGGCUACUAUUCUUCAAUUGAGUCGUCGGCUGCCAAACAAAGGCUUCCGCAAUGGCCACUCACAUCAGAAGGCGAAUACGACCUGCCUCCUCGCUCGCUGAAGCAGGGCCGAGCCGAAUUAGAGAUUGCUCGCAUUCGGAGCUCUUCUCACGACAGUCCUCGAAAGCCUGCACUACUCAAGAAAUCUCUCACCUUUGACUGGUCUUCUCCAUUCCGUCCGUUCGAUAAACACAUCAAGCGUGGUGCCCCACUCACUCCGCCCGUCAUCUUCAAGCGGCCAGCAAUCCCUCCAGCCUCUGCUUCUCCAAAUACCAACCUCGCCAACCACCGACAUCGCAUUGCUGCAAUGCAAUGCUCACCGGAACACGUCAAGCUCUUUCAAGACAUUGCUGUAGCGUCACCGUCCGAGAACUUUACACUUUACGAAGACCAUGCCAGCUUUGAUGCUGCGUUUGACGUCUUUAACCAGGAUGACUUCUCUACCACUUUCGCUGCUCGAGGAUCUCCCGAGAAGCGAUCCGUAAAGCGACCCAGGCUCUUUGAACGCGCCACAACCUCAACCGGACCCCUCGCCACAAUCACCGGAUCCAAGGCCAAUCUCCACUUGCUGUCCAGCCCAAACAUAAUGUCAAGCCCAAGCAAGUUUCUCCAAGAUCCUGAUGAGCUUGCCGAUCCACACUUCUUUGACACACCAAAGGUACUCAAGCCAGCUCCACGUUUGACUUCGGCGUCAAAAGGGUCCAUCUCAUUUUCCCCUCUCUCUUCCAGCAAGGAAAACCUGUUCAGGAGUACCAAGAAGUACAACCGUGCCGCAGACCUCGGAGAUGAUCUCGCAAUGUUCCCUGACCUCGCCAGUGACGGCUCCGAGGAAGGCUGCGAUAUCAUGCAAGGCUUCCAGAAGAUUGGCGCCCGUCCUAUGUGUGUUGCUGCCAAUGGCAGCCCUGUGAAGGGUCCAAGACCUACUUUUGGACGUUCCACUACCCCUAUGUUCUAAAUUCUCUACACACUUCCCCAUUUUGCGGACAGAACGCAAACUCAUCCUGAGCUCUUUCAAGCCGUACUUCACCGCAACGUUGGAUGGCAGUCGUGUGGCCACCAGUGGCAUGU